CUGAUUUUGUUUUGGCUCGGUGUGUUUUGUUCAUCAUGGAGGGGAGAGGCAGUGCCGUCGGUACACCUGCCAACAGACCUGUAACUCGUAGAAGCAAAAGUUAUGGCCGGAGCUGUGUGGAAGCACCCUCAUAUUUCUGGCAAACACCAGGACAUUUAACAGUCUUGAAGAUCCCAACCAGUAGAGGGGCUGCCAAAUCACAAAUCAUCACUAACAAGGUUGACCCCGAGCAUAUUGCUCUUCUGGUGAAAAAUGAGUGGAAGCUGUCCUAUGUCACUCCUUUGCAUUGCUUCAGACAUACACAGCUGAAAUCAUAUUCCAAGCAUCUCUCAGCCUUCAUCGUAGCAGAGAAGCAGCAAGGAGUUGCAGUUGAAGUCGGGUUAGAGGAGGGAUUCAAGGUCACAUUUACUGCAGUUCUUGGACUGGCUGAGACAGAUGAGGAUGCUGAGACUGUUUUUAUUCAGAUCCAAUCCAAACCUGUGUUUGCCGCAGCAGCAGAUGCACCGAAAGUUGUCUGGCGUGGUUGGCUAACGUGCGUCAAUGGGAAUCCAGAGUACCUGAGGUCGCUGCCUCCAGAUUUUGUCAGCUUGCCUUUGUUUUGCACGAGUGGACCUGAGUCUCUUACGACCCUGGUUAAAUCCUGGUUCGAGAGAGCUUUUGAUUGCAACUUUGGCUCUUUGGCUUUAAACUCCACCACUCUCAAUUGGCUUGCUGCUUUGUGGACUGGUUGCCAUCCCACCUACAAUAUCAGGUAUCUGAAACUGGCCUGGAGCCUUCCGACGCAGCCACCCCUGGAUGUCUCGUACACGGUGAAUCCACAGGAUGCAUGGGAGCUGUGGAACAGUAUUCACGCAGAGGAGAGUACAGAUGACCGGAUCGAUAUUAAAGAGGUCCAGUCUUUCAUGAACGGGCUGGAGACUCAUUUUUUCAGACACUUCAAGAUCUACCUGUCUGCUGGUACGCUUGUAAAAGUAUCUACCGCUUUGGGAUCAGCACAGCUUGAUGGGAAAAUCAAGAUCGGAAACAGUGACUACAUCACCACCUUGCUUACCCUCCUGACAGAAUGUGCCCUUCUGAAAAUGCUAACCUAAAAUCUUUCUAUUUUAGAUUUGUAAAUAUUUUCUUGUUGCUGUUUUUGUUUUUCAUGACAUCUAAACUUUUAUAUCUUUUAAAGCUUAUCGUGUCAUAUUUAUUUUUUGUGCUGUAAAAUAUGUCUGUUUUCUAGCUUUUAAAACUGAGCUCGUUUUUAUUCUGCUUUUGAAUCCCGGUUUUCUUUCCUAAGACUGUUUAUCAAGAUAAAUAACAUGUAUAUCAGUCCAUAAGGCUAAUAUUAAUGUGAUGCAACUCAUUUAUCACAAAUACUUUUGAUUUGUCAACUUUGUAAAUGUAUCACUACUAUAUGUAUAGGUGCUUAUAAAUAGUUCACACAAAUAUGUUAAUAUCUGUAAUUAGUAUAUUGUAACAUAUGUUGAUAUUAAAUGCAAACAUUUUGUACCCUUAAAAGUAUGUAAAUCACUUAGUAAUGAGUUGCGGCUGGCUUGAUUUUUGUUUGACAGGGUUUAUGGCUUCUGAAAUUAUCCUAUUAAGUUUUGUUUUCAGUGCCAAUAAUGUCAGCAUCUAACAGUUGAAAUGUAUAAUGAUUUCCAAAGUAUGUAGGUAGAACUUGCAAGCAGAUUUUGUUGGAACUUGGAGGGAUUAAGUUAUUUUGGAUUUUAAAUUGUGAAAUUGUUUCUGUUGUUGGAUAUUACUUUGAUUCAUCUGCACUCAAGACACAUCCUUUCAUUUAAACAUUUACAUCAGAAAAUGACCUAGGAUGUGCAUAACAAUGUUUUAGAAUUGGGUAACCUUUUGUCUUACAAUAAAGCACAGAUCUAAAGUUGAUUUUUUAUUUCAACUAUAUAUUAAAAACAAACCCCCAAUUUGUAUGAGGUUUAAAUUAACUUUUUUUACUAAUCUAGAUUUGAAAAAUCUAAACCAUUAGUUCUCAACCUAAAGUUAAUAAGUUAACUAAUGUCUAACCUGUAAACAGAUUAACAUGUAUUGAUGUUUUAAUAGUGUUUUUAAUCACAUUAAUUUGUCACUCCUAGUUUCAGAAAUAAAAAUAUUUUAAAUAUGCAGCUUUGUCAUCAUUACAGUAAAAGUACCAGAGAAAAUAUUUGAGAACCACUGAUCACUUGUCAACACAAUUUCAGAAUUGACUAAAAGCAUUUAGAUAUUUUUUCCUGUUUUAUUUUAUUUUUAAAAGUUUUGAAAUGUAUAGACAGUUGAACAUCUUUAAAAUUAAAUAAGGUAAGAUCAUGGAAGAUAUACUUUAUGUAACCGUUUUUCAACACCAAAAUAGAACGCGAUACUGUCCUGUGGGGAAAAUUAGUGUUCAUAAAAAAAAAAUCAAAGGGCAGUUGAACAUUUCAAAGAGAUUCAUCUCAUAUUCAGUAACAAGUUUAACAUCACGUUUCUGACCAUACGUGCAGGCUGCUAAAAAUAGAAACCUGUUUGUUCUGAAAUUUCAGAAACUUUUUUUUACCCUAGCCCUCAAACUUGCAUAAAACGAUACAUCAGGGUUCUUCAAAUCCAGUCCUGGAGAGCAACUGCUCUGCAGAGUUGAGUUCCAAUUCUAAUCAAACACACCUGAACAAGCUCUUCAGAGUUACUAGAAAAUUGCCGGUAGGCGAGUUCGAUCAUGGUUUGAUCUAAACUGUGCAUGACUGGCCCUCUAGGGUUUGAUUUGAUGAACCCUGCAAUACAUCCAACUAUAUUUUAAAGG